GGGCGAGAUUGGAGAUGAGCGACUUUUGCGCGGGUUUGACGGAUCUAUCAGCCGUGCCGUCGUAAUAUCGCGAAAGGGGUACGACAGAGAGAGAGAGAGAAAGAGUGCAAGAGAGAGAGAGAAUGAGUGAGAGCCAAAUCGGAAAACCGAGAGGAACGGUGUAAGCUCGUCUGACGCCUGAUGCGGCGAGUUUCAGGCAGACCGUGCGCGUCGAACGGACCGAAGUAAACCGCGAUUCGCCGCGUUUCUCGACGAAGAGGACGCUUAAAACGCCUGGCCGACGACGUGACGUAAGAGCGCCACGGUCCCACCGAUGUUUCUCACGUCGCCGGGCAUCGGAACGUUCCUCGGAUCCGAGCGAACGUUCGCUCGUUUAUUGUAAUCUAGAAAAAGAGGGAGAGUGCACGGAGAACGAAGAGUGAGAGUGAGAAAGCGCGAGGGGGGCGGUAAAGUUAGAUCCGCUGGAUUCACCUAACCCAAAUCGAUCGCUGUUGAGACCGACCGGGCGAGAAGGCGCUGGCUCAGAUCUUUUAUCGCCGGAUCUUAUCGAUGGUGCCCGAGAACCGAUCCGCUACGAGCGCGUCGAUUCUCAGCGCCGGUCGUGAGAUCAUCGUGCAAACAUUAUGACGGACGCUCGCCCUUGCCGCGACACGAAGGACCCUCUCUGCCCGCUCGCCAGCCGCGCUCUUCUACUACUACUGGUGCCGCGCAAACACCGAAGUGGCGAGGGAAUUGUGGAGAAUGCGCGAGCGUGAACGUGAGUCGCGAGGCGUUGGUGUGUAAGAAGCCUGUGGGAUUCACACGUCAGGUCGCCGCCCGAUUUUCAACCGAGUGUCGACCGACCGCCCAGCCAACCAUGAAGAAACAGUUUUUCCGGGUGAAGCAGCUCGCCGAUCAGACCUUCUCCAGAGCUGGUAGAACCGAGGUGUUAACGGAUGAUCUGGUGGCUACUGAUAAGCAUGUUGAACAGAUUAGAGCUGCUCUUACUGGUCUCAGUAAGAGACUUGGAAAUCCACCAAAUCAAGCCCAGGAUCCAGCUCUAAAGGAAAAACGUUUGAAAAAAUGCCCUGAAUACAUACUUGGGCAAACAAUGUUAGAGAAUGCUGGCGAAGAUGGUCUCAUGAGCUAUGCACUGGUGGAAUGUGGGCGAGUGCAGAUGUCACUGGCUAACGAGGCCAUGGAACACGAGGCUAAAGUCGAACAAUAUGUGGCUGCUCCAUUGCAACAUAUUUUAGACACUGACGUACCAAAUAUAUUGAAGCAUAAGAGAAAUCUAGCACGUCUCAUUUUGGACAUGGACAGUGCCAGAACGAGAUACUUUCAAGCGAUUAAACAUAGUACUGGUACAGGUGCAACAAAGAUAGAAAAUUUGAGGGAAGAAUUAGAAGAUGCCGAAUCAAAAGUUGAGCAAUGCAGAGAUCAAUUGGCUGCAGAAAUGUUUCAGCUUAUGUCGCGGGAGACUGAGCUAGCUCAGACGAUUAUUCAGUACAUAAAACUUCAACGAGCAUAUCAUGAAAGUGCAUUGCAUUGUCUUGAAGAUCUUAUACCUGGUUUGGAAUGUUAUAUUAACGAUAACGAAAUGAAACCAGUCUUUGGGUAUCCUCUUGAGGAACAUCUUAGAGUAACUAACAGAAAAAUCGCACUGCCCAUACAACUGUGUGUAUCCGCGCUGCUGCGUCUAGGUAUAGAGGAGGAAGGUCUUUUCCGAAUAGCUGGCGCCGCCUCGAAAUCACGACGUAUCAAAUUAAGCCUAGACGCAUGCUGUCUCACCUUAACGACAGCCCUUGAGUACAAGGAUCCGCAUGUUAUUGCUGGCGCGUUGAAAUCAUACUUACGAGAAUUGCCGGAACCUUUAUUGACGUACAAGUUGUAUCCCGAAUGGAUGGCUGCUGCAAAAAUUUCGCACAGUGACAUGAGAUUACGAGCUCUCUGGGAAGUAUUACAUAAGUUACCACCAGCGAAUCUGGAAAACCUGCGGUUUUUAAUUAAGUUUCUAGCUGUGCUCACGAAAAAUCAAGAUAUAAAUAAAAUGACACCGCAGAAUAUCGCUAUUGUCAUCGCGCCAAAUUUGAUUUGGAGUCCGCAAGAGGACGCAAACACAAUAGUGAUGAACAUGAGUACAGCGAACAACUCUAGUCUUAUAGUAGACCAAUUAAUUACGUAUGCGGAUUGGUUCUUCCCCGGUGAGGUGGAUUUUGAUCGCGAUUUGGACAUUGGGAUCAUGAACGACGCGGAACAUCAGACCGUCGGUAUGCGCCGAUGCGUGUCCAACAGCAGUCUCAGUGAUCACGGCGAAAGCCCAACGCAGGGUAGCCCAAAACCAGCGGCACGUCGGAAGAAUAAACCGGCACCAACACCACCGGGCGGCAAUACUCCGGAUCGGCACGACAAGCCGCCGCCGCCGACACCAGACAAACCACCGAGAGCCUUGACGUCUACUUUGAAUCGAUCGACGUAUAAAAGUCAGAAGCAUGAAGUGAAUACCGAAUUGAUACGGCACGAGAGCAACGUGGAGAAGCACGAGAAACACGAAAAGCAUUCGGAAAUGGACGCGAAAUCGCAGUCAGAAUCUGUUCCGACGGACAUUCAUCCUAUCGAUAAUGCCGAACGGUUGCAAGAGACCGUUGUUCAUCAAAGUGAAGUCUUCAAUUACAAUGAAGUAGAUAAAAGUGUUCAAGAAGUGCAGAAAUGCGAUGCGAAAGUAAACGUGCCCAAUACUAAGGAGAAACCAAAUGGAAACUCGUCCGAUAGUACGAAUGUCGCUAAAAUCAUUACAGAAAUGGAGCAUAAUGAGACUAUAGUGCAGAGACCAAAACCAGUGCCUACGGAGAAGCCAUCCACGUUGGAGAGGAAAAGACCGGUCGCAGCACCGAGAAGUAUAACGAAUAUUGUGCAUAACACAGCGGAAGAAGGGGUUGAGUUACGUAAAAAACUAGAUAGCAAUACGCACGUAACGCCGAACGAAAGAAGCAGUAAACCAGCGAUACCUGAGCGACCGCCUGGCUUAAUUCGUCCGUCGAGUCUCAUCAGGCAACAGCCACGUUCCACUAACGAGAAUCUAGAGAGCGAUCCAGGGCCUUUAACGCUGGAACGGGCUCAUGUGUAUUCUGUGGACAAACAACAGGUCAGUAUAAUACAAGUGCGUGGGGGGAACAACACCAUCCCGGGCGAGAGCACUGGCAACACGGCAACUUCGAACUUGCAGAGAAGCCCAAGCGUGGGUAGCAGACCGUCAUCAAUGUCGUUAUACGGCGCCGAACGCCCGGAGAAGUCCGAGAAGUCAGCUGCGCCGCACGAGCAGCAAGCAAAGGCGCACGCACGCACCAGAUCGGAAGGUAAUAUUAUAGACGUCCAAACGCAGACCAACACUGUGGUGACGGUUCUCAAGUCGCCGCAGCAGAAGCCGGUCUCGCCGAGAAUUCACCAACGGCCACCUAGGCCACAGCCGCCGCCACCGCCGCCGCCUACCAUACGGCCUAAGUCGGAUCAGGAGAGCACCAAUCUCUAGCAGAGCGCGGUACGAGGCAAGAGGCAUUCGCGACCUUGAAAUGAUUUCGCCGAUUUAUCAUAGUUGAGAACUGCAGUUUUACACAUGACAAUACAUGUCACCGAUGAAAUCUGUUAAGUGGAUAAGGAUUGUAAAAAGUUAAUGGAAACAUCUUCGAUCGCGAAUGAAAAAGCACCGCGAUUAUAUUUAUACAACCGACGUCCGUUCGUCGGUAAUCGAAAACGAGGCAAAUGUAUUCGUAAGUUUGAUAUAAGAUUCGAACGCAGAGUUACUCUAUUUUUUUCCGUGAUCUCCCUAUUUAUACAACUUCUUACUAUAUCCCGACGAAGAUAAUUCUUAGAAGAGCAUUCUGACAAUUGCCAUUGUAUGAAAACGAGAGAAGUAUGCAUUUGAAAGUUUUAAAGGAGUUUUUGCAUUCGGCAGCUAUUAGCACGCCGUGUAUGUGUGUACGUGUCGUUCCCAACCGUUUUAGGUACAUAUCUUCUAAUUUCGUAAUCAAUCACAAUAUUUUUGCAGUCUACUAUUUUAUACUUAUUGCAAAUAAGAAGAAAAACGAUUUCUAAGAGUAAGGUAACAUUUCGUAUUUCCACUAUAAGCAUUCAACCGCACAAAGCUCAGUGCGUUUAAUAUACGUGAAGAUAUACAAUUACAGGAUUGACUUUAACCCGCGAAACGUUAGCGAUUAAAGACAGCAAUUGCGCUUACAAUACGAAUUUUCAAUCGAUACGUCCAUUGAGAGAAAAACGAACUAAUAUAUGAGGUGACCGACAUGAUUAAUAUGUUGGAAUUGAUUCAACGGGUGAUAUUUAUUAAUGAAGAUUGUUAAUCGUUAUGAAACGCCGGAAGAAAUGAACGUAUCCGCGCAUUAUAUUUGACCGAUUUGACGUGCGAUUCGAGUACUGUUAAUACCUAAGAUUCGAAAGAACUUUUAAUAUAGUUAAACAUUAAUUUUUACAUGUUCCAAUCACGAUAUAUUACCAUGCAAUGAACUCGUGACCCUCAAUUAUCAGACUAAUUGCGCCGAAAGGUUGCAUAUAUAUGCAUAUAAGUCAUACAUAUAUAUCUACAAAAGAGAUUUGUCGAUCAUGUAAGUAUCAUAUUCUUGUAUAAUAUUAAUAGGAUCUGCAAAUUUUGUUUCGUUUUUUUCAAAAAAUCUAUGUAAACUUAAACUUUCAACUUUUUUUUAUUUUUAGUUAGGAGUUUAAUCGAGCAGUGUAAACCUCAAAAAAUUGAGUGUAAAAACUCCAUCUUUUUGGAGUUUUCCCACUACGUUUUAUUUAAAUUUAUAAUACGGGCGAAAGAUCUCGAGUUUGUUGUAUUUUGUUUCAUUGAGAAUGCUAGAUUUGUCAAAUUAAAAAAAUUAGUGUAUGGUUAAUAUUGAUUACUUAUAUAUAUAAACAUAACCAAUAUCUUGAUAUUAGAAAAUUGAAGAUUCGAGAAGCAAUUUGGAGCGUGUGCACUUGUUAAAAGUUUUUGUAUAAAAUUUCGUGCAAUUAAUAAAAUUUUUGUUUUACAACAUAAUGCGAUAUAUAGUUAUCCGUUAAAAAAAUAAAAAUACAGUAUUAUUGAAUAUUUAAUUAUGAAUAAAAAGAUAGAUAUAAUACGUUAACAAUUAUACUAUAUUUUAUGAAAUUAUAAGAAAUAGAGUUUAUUAAAUAAAACAUAUGGACGAAACAGAUCUCCAAGUUAUAUAAUUACGAGAGCUCUGGCAUCGUCUUUUGUCAUUUUUUAGAUUUCAGUUUUAUUGUUGCUACUGAUAAUAACAAACCUUGCAUUCUCCACGAAUUUCCGUGCGCUUACUUUAUAAUUGGUAUCGCUCGUUUUAUUAAUUAGGCAGCGAGAGUGAAAAUAUAAAAAUCUAGCUAAUGACAAAUCACGCAUUUACCUAAGGUGUGCUUAGGCUGUGAAUGUAAUGGACUAUUAGAGGAGUUUAUUUGUACAUAAAUAAAGAUUUACUCUAUUAGAAA